AUGCCCCCGGGCGGCGGCGGACGCCGCGUCCUCCUUCCCCCAAUCAACUUCAUCUUCAAGCUCCUACAAUCACACGCCACGGUGGCAGUCUGGCUCUUCGAGCAAACGGGGCUGCGCAUCGAGGGCAAGAUCCGGGGGUUCGACGAGUUUAUGAAUCUGGUGAUUGAUGAGGCGGUGGAGGUGAAGCAGCCGACGAAGCAGGAUCCCGCGCCGGAGAAUGCGAGGAGGGAGUUAGGAGGUGAUUACCUAGGCUUGGUCAACCGUCGGAAACGGGCAUUGAAGCAUGCGGCAAGCUAUGCGCAGGACAAAAGAAGUGUGGCGGGCAUGGCGGGCAUGGCAUGGCAGAUGGACGGCGGAGAAAUCGAAUGGAAAGCAAGCUUCGAGCGCGAAAAGGACCAUGCGUGCCACCGUCAGCCAACGCAUUACGUUGGUGACUGGACUGGAUACGUGGCAGUAGCAUGCGCUACCUUGCUCCAUCUCCCCGCACGUGGGGGUGCAGCAUGA